AUGAAGGGUUCCCGACUCUUGCUGCAAUCGGCUACCAAACCAUCUCUGCAAGCACUACUUCAGACUCCUCCGCAACAUGCACCCAGCGCUGUCUUCUUCAGCAAUCAUCACAUCAAUGUCCUAGCUUGCUCGUCAGCGCAGCAGCUGUCCCCCGACCCGCUAUGGCUGUCCAGUCAGCGCUUCAGGGACUCGCACAUUAUCAGCCGUGCAUCAGACAGCCAAUCUCUGCUUCUAUCGGGUUCGCCGAGUGACCACGGAGCACCCAACGAGCCACAGAAGAGCGGCAGCGGCAUUUCCGACCAUGAAUACCAGACUCGAGUCGGCAAGGCGUGCCAUGUCAUCAUCGAUACUCUCCCUGACUUUAUGCAAAAGGGCGUAGUCGAUCUGCCGGACAUUGAACCCGACUGCGCUUCUUCGUCCACUCGCAAACAGGCGGGCUGGAGCGCAAAAGGUCUUCUUCCGAGCCUAUCUCCUUUCCUCGGACAGAGCCUGCUCCGAAGGAAGGCAAAAGCUCAGCCGACAGACAGCGCAGCAGCAAAUGACUUCGACAGCCUCUACCACCCCUCAAUCGCAUUCGAGUUCCGACCGCCGCUUCCUCAUAUUGGUAUCGGUAGCUCAGAGUCCUCGACUGCUGAAGGAGCUCCUACCAAGCGAGUCGGCACUCUCUCGAAUGCAUCAUCGCACCGCAACAGCGCAGGCACAUCCCUCGAUACGUACGACGAGCAUCCGCGCGGUGGCCCCGCCAUCUGCUUCAACGGUCGUACCAUGUACGUCGCCAGCUCGCAUCUGCUCCGUCACGCACUCUCAGCGCUCUUCCACGACACAUUUCUGCACCUCGAAUCGGCUCGCUUCGAAGGACGUUCCAAAGCGGGGAGCGCGUGGCCGGGCAUCAGCCCGUUCGUCAAGCGCAGCACAGCCUCUGAAACCUCGUCAGACGGAGCGUGGCAAGAUAAGCUGGUCGUCAGGCUGCGCUUCGAGGGCAUCUCACGCGUCUCAUCGCAUCCGCACACGUACACGGUCAUCUUCAAGUACGAAUUCGACCGAAAGACGGGUAUGAUCGGCCGGCAUGUGGUGGACAACAUCCAGCCUGUGCCUGGCAGCAAGGUCUGGGCCGGGUUGAGUCAUGCUUGGGGCAACUUGACGCCGGCUGGUGCAGCAGGAGGCGGUGCUGCUCCUCCUGCGUGCUCAACGGUCAAAGUCGUCCGUCGAGAUGUGCAACAUAUUUGCAAAGCUCCGCUUUCGUAG